UGGGGAGUUAUGGUCAAAAAAGGCGCAAAAGAAAACUCACAAAACCACACAUUAUCGAGGAAGGAAUUCAAUGUCCAAUAUAUACAACUUGACAAGCCAGCUUAAAUACCGGCCGAACUCAUCAGGUUGGAGGCAUAGCGACCAGGCAGGAACUAGCCAUGCCUAACACUCAUCUAUACUCACUCUUUGGUUUUUUCCUUCUUGUCCUUGCCGUUAAGUUCUUGCUACCAACAGGAAAAAAGCGCAAAAAUCUCCCACCAAGCCCGCCAGCUAUUCCAAUCAUCGGUCAUCUUCAUCUUCUCAAACAACCCAUCCAUCGAACUCUUGAGAAUCUCUCAAGAAAAUAUGGCCCAAUCGUCUUUCUUCGAUUUGGUUCCCGCUCCGUGAUUCUUGUAUCCUCCCCAUCUCUGGCAGAAGAAUGCUUCACCAAGAACGACAUCAACUUCGCUAACCGCCCUCCCUUUCUAAAUGGCAAGCACUUACAUUACAACUUCACCACGGUUGCUUCAGCCAACUAUGGUGAUCACUGGCGCAACCUUCGCCGCAUAUGCGCAAUUGAGAUCUUCUCGUCGUCCCGCCUCAACUCCUCUUCGGGCAUCCGAAGAGACGAAAUCAAGCACUUAGCACGCAGACUUCAGCAGGUUUCCAACACCGGUUUUGCUAAGGUAGAUUUAAGGUCCAUGUUUACAGACCUGACGUUUAAUAUCGUAAUGAGAAUGAUUGCAGGGAAGCGGUAUUACGGUGAAGAUGUGAAUUUAAUUGAGGAGGCAAAAAAGUUUAAGGAGACCAUGCAAGAGUAUGCUGACCUUGGUGGGUUGACAAAUCUAGCAGAUGUGUUCCCAAUCUUCCAGAGUGUUGAUUAUAAUGGAUUUGUGAAGAAGUGCGUGGGGCUCAGUAAGAGGAUGGAUUUGAUCUUGCAAGGACUGGUUGAUGAGCAUCGACGUGACAGGGAUAGAAAUACCAUGAUAAACCACUUGCUUACUCUGCAGGAUUCUCAACCGGAAUACUACACAGAGGACAUAAUUAAAGGGCUUAUUCUGAUAAUGUUGCUUGCGGGGACAAGGACCCUCAGUACAUCUUUAGAAUGGGCAGUUUGCAAUCUGCUGAACCAUCCUGACGUGGAAAGGAAAGCAAGAGAAGAAUUGGAUACUCAGAUUGGUCAAGACCACACGGUAGAUGAAGCAGAUAUCUCGAAACUACCCUACCUUCAAAGUGUCAUCCUUGAGAGCUUACGAUUACAUCCAGUUGUUCCACUCCUAGCACCACAUAUGUCAUCUGCAGACUGUACCAUUGGAGGAUACGAUGUCCCAGCUGGUACAAUUCUGUUUGCAAAUGCGUGGGGUAUUCAUAGAGAUCCUACUCUGUGGAAUGACCCAACAAGUUUUAAGCCUGAGAGAUUUGAAAACUGGAAAUCCGAAGCAUACACGCAUAUGCCUUUCGGGAUGGGAAGGAGAGCUUGUCCCGGGGAGGGGCUGGCACAGAGAAUAAUGGCCAUAACACUGGGCUCGUUGAUUCAAUGCUUCGAGUGGGAGAAGGUUGAUGGAAAGGACAUCGACAUGACUGACAAGAUGCACACACUCAUGUGCAGAGUAGAGCCAGCUGAGGCCAUGUGUAGAGUGCGCCCAGACAUGGUUGAUCUUCUCUCCUAGUUUUUGCAGUUUAACCUAGAUUUCUCAAUGUAUUUUACAAAUUAUUCCUUCUGUUUUAAGAAAUAUUAAAUAAAUAUUUUUUUGGUGAUGAUUUCGAUUAAAUUAAUAAAUGACCAUUUUAAUA